ACUCCUUCAAAUUAUAGACACUUUCCGUGCUUCCCAGCAUACCAUUGCCGACUUUUAACCUCCAAUCUCAUCGCAGGAACCCUUCUGAACCCUUCUACCAUCCGCGAUAAUGGCCUCCAAAUACAACAAACUCGCAGGAAAACAUGUUCUCGUCAUCGGCGGUUCAUCUGGCAUUGGCCUUGGCGUUGCAGAAGCCUCUCUUGCCAGCGGCGCCAAUGUGACGAUUUCGUCUUCUUCCCCUGCUAAGCUGUCUGCCGUCGUCUCAUCUCUACAAAAAGCCAUCCCAUCUUCUUCGCAGCAAAAGAUCCAAAAGUUCGAAGCCAACCUCUCUGGACCAGAUGCCGAAGCCAAUAUCGAGGCCGUCUUCCAGCAAGCUGGCCCAAUCGAUCACGUCGUCUUCACGGCGGCGAACACGCCUUCUCUGAUGAUGCUGCAAGAUGUCACGCCCGACAAGAUUCUUGCCGCCUGUCAAAUGCGCUUCGUUGCGCCUCUGAUGGUCGCAAAAGUCGCGGAAAAGUACCUGCCCAAAAGUAAUGAAUCGUCCUUUACUAUCACCAGCGGCAGUGCGGCACAGAAGUCGACGCCUGGCUGGUCCGUGAUCUCUUACCUCGCUGGCGGGUUGCGAAGUGUAGUCAAGCAACUUGCAGUUGAACUGAAGCCCGUGAGGGUCAAUGUCGUUGCUCCUGGGUUUGUUGACACUGAACUCUGGGAUAGCAUGAAGACGCACGAGAAAAAGUCUAUGGUCAAAGCUGUUGAAGAGAAGGUCCCGACGGGGAGGUUUGGCACUGUUGAAGAUGUGGCCGAGGCAUACCUUUGGCUCAUGAAGGACCGCAACGUCACAGGAACUGUAGCGGCGACGGACAGUGGUGCUCUUGUUGUGUAAUGUUUCGAAAAGAUUUGGAAUGAUUGCUCGAUGAUCAAAUAUCAAAUGAAUGAUGGAUCAUUGGAACAAAGAAGAGUCCUCUCAUGAUAACAGCUAGCUAAUGCAGCUUAAUCUCUCGAGUCACUACCCAAAGUAAUUAUACUCAAGUGCUCUGAUCAUCUGAUUGUUCAUUUUCUAGUCAUCUAGUAUGAACCUGAGGCCCAACCCUCCUUCUCUUGCUCGCGGUCAAUGAGAGCAC